CACUCUCUCUCUCCCCGGUUCCUUGCCUCUUUCACCUUCCCUCCUCCUCCUCUGUGCCUUUCUUUGUGAACCUCUCUCUCUCUCGCUGUGGAUCCCCCUCUCGCGCGCUGCUCCGUCUCUUGCAAGUCCACUCUUCCUGGGACGGCAUCACAGCAUGCGCUUCCUGUCGAUAUUGCUGCUCGGCCUGCUGCUGUCGCUGAGCGCCGAGGGCGGCCGAUCCGAGAGCCCACCUGUCCCGCCUGCUGCGUCCGGGCUCCCGACCUCCACAGGCCUCCAGGCCGACCUGUCUGAUGGUCCAGUGGAGCUGGCCUUCGGCAAGCUCAGCAUCAUUGGUGCCAUCCCCUUUCACAGCCACCUCAACCAGCUGCCCUUUUCUUUGGAUGACCCCGCCCCGGGGAUCUCCCUCUUCACCAGCCCCCAUGGGGGGCGGUACUUCUGUCGGUCCGCCGGGCCGAGCCCCGACCAGUUGGUGUCCACGCGGAUCUCCGGGAAAAUGGCCCAGGGACGGACGCCGGCCGUGCGCUUUCGUGACAUCCGCCGCGCCUUGGUGACGGACUGCCUGCAGCGCGCCCCGCCGGCCGGCGGCUGGUGGUACUUCUCGGUGUGCCUGCGCGGGCGCAUUACCCAAUACCAUGACACUCGAGUGCCGGUGGCGGCCGAUGGCACUCCCCUGCCCGGGGUCGGGACUCCAGGGGCCGACGUUUGGCAAGUGACGGGGCACAUUUUCCGGCGAGCGCUGGCCCGCGUGGCAUCACUCUUCGGGGCCGAUCCCUCGCUGGCCGACCCGGCGGCUCGGGCCCACCCGCCGGCGGGUCCCGCGGCUGGGACCGGACCCGGGGCGCCGGCCCAGUCCUCCCCCCCGCAGCCGGUUACCUAUACCAUCUCCCGCACGGACGAGUAUGUGCUCGGCUCCGCGCCGGAUCCCUUUCGCCAGGGCGAUGACUCGCACUUUGUCCCGGUCCGGUGGCCCUUCUCUCCGGAUGCGCAUCUGGCCAUCCGCUUCCGUCGGGGGCACUCUUGCGACUUGACCAAUGAGCCACGCGAGACCUACCUCCGAUUGGCUUGUCCCCAUGCAAUCCUCCAGACGGUGGCCGACCUGGAGGCCAGUGGUAUGACCUUUCAAAAUGCCCUGGCCCUGGCGGUGCAGACCUCGCCCGAUGGGCCGCGCCUGGUCAGUGUUCAUGAGCCCAUGGCUUGCCGGUAUGUGGCCACCAUCACCGCGCCCGGGCUCUGCCUGCUGGCCAAUGGGGCCCUCCCGCCCGGACCGGCCCCCUUCCGCACCCGGGCCAUCGACUGCACGGCCGUCGUCGAUUGGACAGAUCCCACGCCCAACAUCACCCCGGUGACCCGGGCCGAGGCCGCCCUCGGGGCCCAGCCCGCCGAGGACCCCGCCACCCAGGAGGACCCCUUGUAUCUGGCCCUGGCCCAGUCCUCCGGCUGGCAGCCCUUCACGCCCUUUUACGAUGAUGCGGCCUUCUUCCCGGAUCUGGCCUUCAAUAGCCCGGAUCUGCCGGAGGAACACCCGGCCCCGGGCGCCCCUCCGGCAAAUGCGGCCACCAAUGCGCCCGGCUGGGUCCCGCUCGAGAAUUUGGCCGCCGACUCGGCCGUCCCCCCGGCCGCCAUGGCCGAUGGCUCGCCCGCCAUGAUGGACCGUCUGUUGGAGGACUUUUCCAUGCUCGAGCGGACUUUCGAGAAGCUGGCCGCCGACAUGCGCCCGCCCGGCGACGAUGGCCAGGCUAGCAUGCCCAAUCCCCUGGGAGGGGCGGCCCUCGAUCGCCAUGCCAUCCGCACUCUGCUGGCUGAAGACCUCACCGACGAGGAGCUGGACGCCCUCCAGAAUAUCAUUGAUACCCUGUUUCCCGGGGAUCUGGGCGGGCAUCGUGACCGAGGAAUGCUGCCCUCGCCGCAAGCGCCCUCUCCCUCUCCGUCGGGUGCCGAAUCGGAGGACGCGCCAGAUGAGUCGCCCGAGUCGGCCCACCCCGCCUCGCGCCAGGAGCUUUGAGAUCCGGGCUCGGGAGAGGCCCUCCGGCAUGUGUCGCAAGAAUAGACGAGACGUCCCCGGGGGAGCAGGGCCAAGCAAAUGAACAUGCGCCCUCCUGUGUGUAUCUGCCCUCGGGCCACAUGCGACAUUGGCC